GCAGCUAGCUCGCUCUCUUAUUUCGUCAAAUCUAAUUAGUUCAAUGAGAAAUUCUUUCAUUUCCCAUGCAAGCACUGCGACAGUUGUGUUCAUGUUGCUCCUUUUGAGCACUACAUGCAAAGCGCAACUAUCUUCUACAUUUUAUGACCAAAACUGUCCAAAUGGACUAAGUACUAUUCGGAAUGCUAUUAGAACAGCUGUUUCACGAGAACGUAGAAUGGCGGCAUCUCUAAUUCGUCUCCAUUUUCAUGAUUGCUUUGUUCAGGGCUGUGAUGCAUCAAUUUUACUAGAAGAUGGCGAGAGGAAUGCACUGCAAAAUAGGGGUUCUGCAAGAGGUUAUGAGAUCAUAGACAGUGCAAAAGCUCAGGUAGAGAAGAUAUGCCCUGGAGUUGUAUCUUGCGCAGAUAUUCUUGCAGUGGCGGCUCGAGAUGCUUCCGUUGCUGUUGGUGGUCCAUCUUGGACAGUGAAGCUUGGAAGAAGAGAUUCCACCACUGCAAGUUCCUCUCUAGCUGAACAAGAACUUCCAAGAUUUACUGACGGCCUUGAUAGUCUAAUAUCUCGUUUUGGUACCAAAGGGCUCAGUGCAAGAGACAUGGUUGCAUUGUCAGGUUCCCACACACUAGGGCAAGCUCAAUGUUCUUCAUUUCGUGGUCGGAUAUACAAUAAUGGGAGUGACAUCGAUGUUGGAUUUGCUAGCACACGAAAGCGUCGUUGUCCGGGUACUAGUGGACAACCUGGGGAUUCAAACUUGGCACCACUUGACUUGGUGACACCAAAUUCUUUUGACAACAAUUACUUCAAGAAUUUACUGCAAAAGAAGGGUCUCCUUCAAUCGGAUCAAAUCCUUUUUAGCGGAGGAAGCACAGACAGUAUUGUCUCAGAAUAUAGUAGGAGCCCUGCCACUUUUAAGUCUGAUUUUGCAUCUGCCAUGAUUAAAAUGGGAGAUAUCGGUCCUCUCACUGGUUCAGCUGGGCAAAUUAGAAGGAUAUGCAGUGCUAUAAACUAAUUCUUGCACAAUUUCAAUACCUUGAAUCAAUUAAGUUUAGAUUCUUGUUCUAUUAUUCCUCCGGUCUGUCAUAUUUUUUGCGUGUGAUUCAUUGUUUAUA